AUCCUGGUGGGGGGCUGGGGCCCGCAGCGACGCGCACCUGGGAAGGGCUGGCGAGAGGCCAGGGCUGCCCGGCUAGGCACCCGGGCUGCGCGCCGCAGCCGCCGCGAUGGCCCCUGGCAGCGGAGACGCCGCAGCCGGGCGCUGAGUCCUGCAGGGAACCGUCACCUCCGCCCCGCGGGGAGGAAAGCAGCAGCCGGGUCGAUGGAGUAUCAGAGGAAGAAGAAACUGACCAACUUCACCAUUGGCCUCCUCUUCCUCUCGGGAGGGAUCGAGUACGCGGUGAUUCUGCCCACGAUCUGGGCCUACUUGCAGACACUCCAUGCUGAGCCGUACUUCCUGGGCCUGGGCAUCUCUGCCUUCAGCCUCACCGGCCUGCUUGCGGGGCCCCUCUUCGGGCACUGGUCUGAUCGGAGCCAGCGCACCAAAGCCAUCAUCCUCUUUGCCAACGUGUUUGAGAUAGUGGGGAAUUUCAUGUACUUUAUGGGCAUCUCCAAGUGGCUCCUCCUGGGCAGCCGGCUGGUGGCAGGUGUUGGGACGGGAGCAGGUGCCUCCAUCUUUGGCUAUCUCACCCGCUCCACCACCUCACAGGAGCGCGCCAAGGUGUUUGCUGCAGUGAUGGCAUGCCGGCAGGUUGGGCUGCUGAUUGGACCCGCCUGUAACCUCUUCCUGCGGCUCUGUAACUUCCGGCUGGGGCCCUUUGAGGUCAACAAGUUCACCUCCCCGGGGCUCUUCAUGUGCCUACUCUGGAUCCUGCUCCAGUUUGUCGUUGCGGUGAUGUACUACGACCUGCAGCCCGUGCCCCACCCGCCGCUGGCAACGCAGCAGGAGGAGGAGCGGGAGCCCUUGGUGCAGCACGGCGCUGGCCAGGAGGAGCCCGCUGAGCACCGGGGCUAUGGCGGCACUGGCCAGAGGGCGCCCCCCGAGGGAGACGAGUCCCGCUACGUGCCCAACGGGCACCUGGCCGAGGAGGAGGGCAGAGUAAAGGAGAAGAGCCCGUUUCAGAACUUCAGCGCCAUGCGAGAGUACCUGCGGGAGGAAGUGGUGGUUCUGCUCACUGCCCAGUUCAUCACCCUCUUCAACCAAACGGCCCUGGAGACCAUGGUGACUCCCAUCACCCAGCGCUACCUGAGCUUCGGGGAGCUUGAGAACAGCAUCAUGUACUUCCUGUGCGGCAUCGAGGUGAUCUGUGGCUUCUUCCUGGUUCGUUGCCUCAGCAGCCGCCUUCCCGACCGCGUGGUCCUGGUGCUCGGGCUGGUCAUCUGCAACGUGGCUUGUGUCUGGUGCCUGCUCUUCCUGGCACGGCCCCAAGGUGCUGGGGCUGCCCUUCGUGGCUGUCUCCCAGGUCUCGCUCUUCUCCAAGGUCACAGCAGAGAGAACACAAGGGUUCAGCCAGGGCCUGCGACGGUCAGUGGGGGGAGUCGCCACCAUUCUGGGGCCCCUGUGGGCUGGAGGCCUGACCGAAAACCUCUACAUCAUGCUGGGAGUGAUGAUGGGCCUGCUGAGCCUGCUGAUGGUCAUGGUCGGGCUCUCAUACUCUUACCUGGUGGAGCCGCCCCGGGGCUACGUGCCAGGACCGUCCCAGGAGGAGCAGCGCUCGUGACCUCCCGCCCCUCUGCCACACUCCCAGAGGCAUUGCACGGUUCAAAGCCACCAAGGUAUGGCACUGGCUGGCACCGAGGGCUCAUGCAUCACAGCCUGUCACCAUCUGGCUGCCCCCCUUCUGGGCAGGCCCAUGGGGAGUGGGACCUGAUCUCAGGGCCUUGCAAAGGACAGCGGGACUGUCAGUGGAUGAGCCCACAUCCCUGCCCUUCUGGACUGGCACUCCUUCCACAUCCUUCCUUCCCCUCCUGGACUGGCACUCCCCACCACCCUGGGCUGGCCCUUGCCCUGUCCCUCCCUCCAAGGACUGGCCUUCCUGUGCUGCUAGCCCCCUGCCCCCAGACUGACCAGCCUUCCUUUCCGACCCCCAUGCCAGGUUAUGCCCCAGCUGGCUGCUGUCUCUCUGGACAGAGCGGCAAGGGGAUAGGUGAAGUCCCGGGAGGUGGAGGGGGUGGGAGAUGCUCUUGGCUUGCUGGGGGUGCAGGAUGCUGGCUCUCUCCUAGACAGAGUAAUGUUGCUACCACCUUGCUGUUGGCAGGCCACAGGGGGCUGAGCUGUGGGCCUGAGCUGUGGGCCUGGCAUGGGGGUGGGUCUUUGUGGCUGGGUGUUCCUCACUGGAGGCUUGGCUGAGACUGCACCCUGGAGAAGGCGGGGGGCCUCCAGCCCAGGUGGAAGAGCCUGGCCCAUGGCAUCAAAGGGAAAACAAGGGCAAUAAAGCUGCAUGCCUCUGCCCCCA